UUGGUAGCAACAAAAAUUUCUUAUUUUCAUAAAUCUUUUCAGAAUCUGAGAGAACUCAGAGUCUCCACUCUUUCCAUUUAGAAUCUCAAAUAAAUCGAUUAUCCAAAAUUGUCCUACGUACAAAGGCUUCAACAAUAUUUACUUGCAUUCUAUUAACAAAUAGAUUUGGUGUAAAAAAUUGUGUACAAAAGAUCACAAUGGACAGUCGCUCUGGAUCACCCUCUAUAUACAGAAUAUCUCGAUGUUUAUCUAUCUUUUUAAUUGCAAAAUCGUGAUCGCAAACAUGCGAAAAUUCGAUUUAAAGGCUCGUGUAAGAGCAGUCCAAAAAGAUCAGCCCCAGAAUGAGAAAUUGUCAAAGAUUGAUUUCAAGAUUCGAGGAAGCGAACGAGAUCUGGCCGGAAGCAAAGCGAUCAAAACCCUUGCCGGGGCUCGAUGGCACGAGAUGGGGAAGGUUAAGGAGGAGUUGAAGGCGAUGCUGCCCACGUUAAAGCCCUCGGAAGUGAAAAGAUUUCAUUUACCACCUCACGAAGCUAUUAUCGACGAACUCGAGGAAGAUGGUUACAAAGAAUCAGCCCAGUAUUUGAGAGAAUUAUUUGAGCUGGAUGAAGAGACCCGGAAGGAAGCUGGUCCCGGUACAUUAAUCUGGAAAAAACCACGUUUGAAGGAGAAUAAAGACGCGAUGAUGCGUCUCAAAGAAGGCUUGAUGGCCUUUGAGCGAGCCAAAGACGCCGGUGCGCGUAUUACAGGAUUACGAUAUCGUGCUACAGCACGAUUAAAGCCAGACUUUGCGAAUGCAGGAAAUCUCACUUCGAUGGCCACGGUGUUCCUCGAUAUCGCGCUGUUUUUCCAAGCGAUGACAUGGGAGUGGUGGUGGUUGGCGGAACGGCUUUACCGUAGCGCUCUGGUGAACGCGAAAUUAAUCAGGAACGAUGAUCAACGGAUGAUUACCUUGAUACGUUAUCUACUCGGACGAUUUCUGUUCGAACAAAUGCAAGACACAGCGGAAUCACUGGUCCAUCUAAACGUCGCUCGCGAAGCAUCUCAAGAGAAAUCGUGGAAUGCGUCGAGAAUAACUGGCCGAAAGGAAGAGAGCCUCUUUCGAGAAUGCAACGUGCUUCUGUACAAGAUACUGCUGGUGCACGCGCAACAGAGUGAUCCUGGUCAACCGGACGUCGCCCUGAAAGCAUGCACGGAAGCUCUCGCUCGAGCGGUAGAUUGUAUGGCUACUCAUGUAGUGUUUUCUCAAGAUAAAGGAUUCGUUUAUGUUCACAUCUUAAUUUUGGUGGUCAUUGUAUAUGUAGCUGGACACCGCGAGUACAUGGCGAACGCUCUGCACGAGCUAGGGAAGAGCCAGUUGCGGUCGGGCGACGUGAAAUCCACCUUGAAGAGUUUCUCCAAAUUGCUGGCGAUUACCAAGAGGAUUCCGGAUCCGGAGGGAAUCUGCAAAGCGCACCUGGCACUGGCGUCCGCGUAUAAGUUACGUGUCACACACAAUGCGAGAAAGUCUGCUUCCCAAACAAAACUGGAACGCAAUAUAAAAAAAUAUAUAUAUAACACGCGCAUCUCUCGAAUUAAAACCAAAGUUCUCUGGAUACGUAAAAUAAAAUGUUUUCUUGCUGAUUCGUCUGCGCAGGAGGUGAACGACGAGGUGAACACCGAGAAACAUCUCCGUCUGUGCAGAGAAGAAGCAACCGCGUCUAAACUGCCGAAGGAACUUGCGCAGGCACACUACUGCUUCGGUGAAUACUUCUUGAGUAAGAGAAGGCUGGAUAUCGCGACCCCUCAUCUGGAAACGUCUUUCAAUCUGUACAACGAGCUCGAUUUGCACAACGACGCUGACAAAGCGCGGACUAACGCCGGUGUUUCGAAGGGACAGGGAGUUCUCGAUCAGUACAUCGAUCUUGUACUCCGCUGCGGACCGGCUGAUCAGAAAGCAACAUUGAUGCUUUGCCAGUGGAAAAAUCGUAGAAGCGCGUUUUGGACUGAAAAAAAGUUGCAUACUGGUAAGAGAGAGAAGGAGAGAGAGACUCUAAAAAUGAAUCCCGAUGAUCUACAAUCAGUUUAAAUCUGUUUGCGCGAGAAUCCGCCUCUCGAUUUCGAGUUAUUGUGCAUUCAAAUCAUAUUGUAGUAUUAUCACAAUAUAUUGUAUUGCAGUAUUACAAAUGAAUGCGUAACACAGAUAAAAAUUACUAUUUCAGAUGAGCUGGACGAGCUUGGCUCCAGGAAUUUGGACGAGACGAGCUCUCCGUCGCUGUCUACUCUCACUGACACCACGGACACCGCAAAGUUUAAUACAGGCUCUAAUACAAAAUCUAAUUAAUGUGACCUGAUAAACGGAUACGAUGAUGAAACUUUACAUCUACAUAUUUACUGUAUACAUUCUUUGUACAUUUUCUCCCAGCGAUGCAAUUCUCACAUUUACAAUGCAACGCGAAUCACGGCAAGGAAAAUGCCAACAUCUGCAAAUGAACAUAACAUAUGCACGACCCUCGUUCAUUACGAUUAAAAAUUAAAAAGAUUAAAAUCUCUAUGAUUAAUUAUGGAUUUUAAUUUAAUGCCAUAAUUAAUAGCAAUAUUUCUUACUUAACGAUGUAACGAUGUUAAAUAACGUAUUAUGCUUCGCGUACCCUGAUUGUGAUCAUUAUGCAACGAUGAGCAGAAUAAUUAAUUUCUGCACGUAUCGACUAAAUCGCAAUUUAAUGUGAAAUGUAUCACGUAUGUUUAUCAUUAAUAGAUGUCAUUUAAGUAAAUUUCUUGAGAUGUUUGCUAUUAUCUCUCUUUCCAUAGUGUAUUGACUAAUCUGUUGUUAUAUAUGUAUAUGUAAUUUAAUUAUAUUAAUUUCUUCUUUCAUUACUUAAUAAUAGUUGACAUUACUGCAUAAUUAGAAUUAAAUACCGAAUUAUUACUUCAGCGUAAUACAUAUCUAGAAUGAACAUGUACAUAUAGAAUUUUUAGUAAUUUUACAAAACUUUUACAUAAACUUUUUCAGAUUGCUCUGUAUUAUAAUUUACAUUCAUUUAAUUUUUAUCUAAUCAUCGAGACGUUUCAAAUGUUGGUAGUGCAUUACAAUUAUAUUACACGUUACACGUUACGCGAUCAAUUAUGCAACACGCGUGCUAUCUUCUUUUCAGUAAUAAAAGAUAAUAUCUAAACAUUUUGGUUGCAAAUUAGCAAAAUACAGACGAGCGAUUUAUUGUUUAUUGUUUGAAAAGGAAAUUUUGGAAGUUGAGAGACGAACAAUUAGCGUUGAAUUAACGUUGAUAUCAUUUUCCUAUGUUAUUAAUAUUACCGUAUAUAGAAGAAUGUUAAAACGUAUAUAGAAGAAUGAAAAAAAGGCUACGAAUUUAUUUAAAAAAUUAUUAAUCAACAAUUUCUCUCUACAAUUAAUUAAUCGCUCAGUACGCUUAACGUCUGCGUGUUCCUUGCAUAACAAUCACUAGGAUAAUCGACAUUUCGUUUAUUUCUUUUUCAAGUCUUUUUACAUUAUAAUUGCAAAUUUGGAAAGACCUCGUUUUUCACUGAGGCCAUCUUCACUGUCUCUCCGAGACCACGUUGACGGCGGCCUUUCAGUGUUAAAAUUUUCUCUGUGAAAACUCAUCGAUAGCGCAUCAGCCGUUCGCUUUUACGUGGCAAGUGCUCGGCCUUACGAGGAAAGUUAACAAUCGAUACCGCCUGUUAUCGCAUACGGUUGUCUGGAGAAAGCACAUCUGUCAGGCUACGCACUCUAUUCUUCGGUAAUGCAGCUGACGUUCGACGAAUCGACAACGCUCAACAAGCCCGACACGCGCAAAUUCAACCAACCGGGGAACCGACAAACGUAUGCACUACCUGUGCACACUGUGCGUGUUCGCGCACAAAGAACGGAAACGUAUUACACAGGAAUUUGUUAUACACGAAUAUGCAAACACCUUCGCAGAGAAUUUAAAUACAUACCAAAUCUGCCUAUAUACUCCAAAGAUUUUGACGUACUAUGUAUAAUAUAUAUAACGUACCGCGUAUCACGAAUCACUUCGUCAACAGCGAGAUAUAACGGCUGGCUUAACAAGAGAUCCAGCCGUUUCGCUGUGCUCUUCCGUGUCUUCCACCCCUUCAUCCCUCACGAUAAAAGUUCGUUGCUUAUUGUUACAAUUGUGAAUUUCUUAUCUCCUAGUUGGAUACCUCGGUGGCAUGCUCUUUCUACAUUUUUGUUUUUCUUUUUCUCCUUCUUUUACAUCUAAAUUCUUAUGCAUACUUGUGGAUCUUGACUGCAGUGACAAUGGCUCUCACGAUCGUGAUGGCGUCGGACAUUCUUACAAUCUGAUGUAUCAGCUAUCAGUCGCCGAUAUAUUUCCACACUACUCUCAAACUUAUUUUGAUCAGUAUAAAAAAAUCGGUGCGCAAAAAGGCUUCCUACAUCCCUUUU